GUCAUGUUUAGCUCUUCGUAGUAGAAACAGAGCUACAUUACAGGAGAUGUGAUGAUAUAAAUCCUGAAACUAGUGUUAUCUGAGUUCAACAGUCACUUCGUAACGGACUGACUACUGCACCUCAAGCUUUUAUACUGGUAAUCCAGCAUUCUGGUAUCUCAUAUUGAAGUUUUUACAAUGAAGAAUUAUACAGAAGCGACGAAAGUUAUUCUGAUAGUCUUAGCUUCAGCCAUAUUGGCUUCAGGGCUUGAUAACCAUUCCUUAUUCAUAAAUUCGUUGACUAACAUCACAAACUACGAUAAGAGAAUACGACCAUAUCACCUAAAUUCAAUCCUAAAUAUCACAGUUUACAUGACAAUCGUAUCAUUUGGAGAUGUCGAAGAGAUGAAGAGUGAAUUUUCUCUUGAUAUGUUCUUUGAACAACAAUGGUAUGACCCACGAUUACGUCAUGGUGAACAUGGAAUUAUCACUUUGACUGGUACAGACCGAAACUUGAUAUGGCUGCCAGACACGUAUUUUCAGAAUAUUAAAAAUGCUCAGCACCAUGACGUCCCGGCCGAUAACAGCCGUGUGACUAUCGAUAAACAGGGUCAUGUACAUUAUAGUUCUAGGAUAACACUGUCGGCAUCAUGCGAGAUGGAUUUGCACGAGUACCCGCUGGACACUCAAACGUGUAUGCUGGAGAUUAUGAGCUAUGCCUACGACGAUAAAGAUGUCAACUAUCGAUGGAAAGGUGAUCGUAACAAUGCGAUACGAAUUAUGAACGACAAUUUGGCUCAACUGGCUCUAAAGGAUGUACAUAUCAACUAYAGAAAACUGCCAUUUGGCAAAUCCAAUUAUUCGGAGUUGAUGGCCAUUUUUCGCUUCGAAAGACGUCUUGGAUAUUCGUUAUUACAGAUCUAUGCACCUACUUUCCUGAUUACAUGCAUAUCAUGGUUGUCUUUCUGGAUAUCUAAAGAUGCAAUACCUGCAAGAAUCGCCCUUGGAAUCACUACAAUACUGACAAUUGUCACCCUCAAUGGUUCUUUCAGAUCAGCGGUUCCUAAGGUUUCCUAUAUCAAAGCCAUGGACUUGUAUCUUAUCGUGUCGUUCCUUUUCGUGUUUGGAGCCGUCAUGGAGUACAUCGCUGUCCUAUCGUACAUAGAUUUGAUGAAUCACAGAAAAAGUUUAGAAAAAAAGUUUGACACAAGUGACACUACUACUGUCGAUGAUGAAAAGGCCGAAGAAAAACCCCUUAAAGAAAAGGAUACGAUGUCACCUCACGCUGUCCAAGUAUCGCGCACAUCUUAUAAUCUCAACGAACCUCAAAAAUCCACCGUCCAACGAAGUGCAGCAACCCAUAUGAUCAAAAAGAUUCUGUCAGUCAAUACAACACCAAUAGAUAAGAUAUCUAAAGUGGCUUUCCCAUGUGCCUACAUAGUGUUCAACGUUGUUUAUUGGGUGUAUUAUGCACUUUCUAAAGGUACAACAGAGGAUUCAUUCAUUCUAUCGAAUGGUACUGACUGAUUCAACAACUGAUGCCUUGUUUUCACUUCCACCCUAUUCCACCAAAGAGUUGGUCAUUACGCAUUAACUAUAAACAGUUCUCAUUGGAUGAUAUUGAGCCAAUUAAAACAACAUGUGACCUUUCAAUUUGUUAAUCCAAACUCUCCUUCAACUUGAAAGAUAGUUCAUUUUUGAGGAACAAACGUUAUCAAAAUUCAAUGUUUCUAAAUCUGCUUUAGAAGUUUCAAUGCCAGCCUGUUUUACAUACGAUUACACACUAAAUCAAACAAGAUAAAUUCAGUUCAACGACUAUGAAUGUCCUACGAGGGUUAUGCAUGUAUUACAUGUCCUAUGAAGGUUGUAUAAACGUAAUUGCCAAAACGUUGACAUAAGAAAUAACAUUUGUAUAAAGGAAUAUGUUAAAAAGAMAAAAAAAWUUCUUUAGGCCUGAGUGAUAUCUUUUUUUGUUGUUGAUAAGUCCAUUUUUUCCGAAGUACAAAUGCUCUCUACGACAACGUUUUUGCAAAGUAGGUGUAUUUUUGUUCUAAUUUUACUUUUAGUUCUCCUGUGUAGUAAAAUCAUGACAAAGUGUUAAUGCAAACCUACAUUUUCAACAAGGUGCUGACCACUCGAUCACUAUUACAGCACAAUGACAUAAAUUGAGUUCAUUUUUUGUAUGUAAAUUCUCUCUUUAGUGCAAAAUGAACCAUUUUUGUGUCUUUCUAUCAACAUAUUAAUCUAUAUAGAAAAGCAUUAUAAAGAUGAUCGAACGAUCGAUCGAAACCACGAUUUGAGAGAUCGAACGAUCGAUCAACACAAUGAUUUGACUAAUAAAAACCAAUUAAAGAGAUUAAUGGCGAUGAUAUGUUCUUUAAUGAGAAGGUUCAGUGGUACAAUAAACAGCAUGAUAUUUCUAUUAUUACAGCUAAUUACCACACCUACAUACAUCAAUUCAUACUUGUUAAAACAUUGUUUAUUUUGUCUUCUAAAACUUAAAAUUCGUUUGUUUUGGCGGGGAUGAAACUACAAGUAGAUCACGAAAUAAGAUUACAAUCGACAGGGACAUCUUUAUUUCGGUCCUAAACACAGACACAACUAUUGCAAUGUUUCUUCCGAACCGCUAACGUCUUAAAUAAAUGUGGACAAAAUA